CUCCCCUCGCUCUCUUCCUCACUGGCAUUAUUUCUCUGCGUCUGGCUCACCGUCGCUCCUGCAUUCACUGGGUGAAGUCCUGUUUUCUAUUUUUAUAUAUAUCAGAAAGUCCUCCCCCUGUGAAGAUUCCAGUGUGUUGGUGAUCGAUACGUAAAGAUGGCCCUCCCGUUGGCAGUGUUGAUAUGUCUAUCAGUCAUCCAGCUGUGUUUGGGAGAUCAUCCCAUGGAGGAAGCCGUCACAACAAAAAAUGUGCCUCUCCUGGGCGGCUGGUUUGAAAAGGAUGUAGAGUCAGCUGAGGCUCAGGAGGUGACUCAAUAUGCUGUGAAGAUGCACAACACUCACUCCAAGAGUAAGAGGAUUUUCAAGCUGGUCUCCAUCACCUCCAUUCAGGCACAGGUCACCAACAUGAUCAACUUUAAAAUUAAUGCGGUCCUGGGAAAAACCAAGUGUCUGAAGGGUGAAAACCACAAACUGAACAGCUGCAGUCUUGUGAAAAAGCAUCUGAAGUGCCAUUUCUUGGUGACGUUCAACCCCCGCAACAACAAACACGAGCUCCAGUCCUCUAAGUGCAACAAAAUUGUGCAUAAGGUUUAACUUUUGAAUCGGUUUCACUUUUUUUGGAGGUUGGCACCAUAACUUUGACUACCUUAUAAAGCAUUUGGAUAUAAUGUUGAUGGAUUUAAAAUAUUUUUUUGCGGCCGAUUUUCAGUACUGUAUGUGUGCUUUGUACAUCAACAACUUGUAACCAUGUCACAACGCGGUCUUAAUAAAAUAAGUUCGGAGAAGAACUGACUUUUUCACCAUGA